CUCCUCCUGUCAGCCCGCAUUGGAAGACGCGCCCCCUACACCGUGCGUAAAAGGGGCAGACCGAGACGUAGCAACGCGUCCCCUGCAGCUCACCUGAAACACCACAGCACAAAGAGACAGACAGGUACACAGAGGAGCGGAGCCGGAAGAACGAGCAGGUCGACUUAUCCUGAUAGUACUUUUCCCAUUGUAACUCCAAGCGUUUCUUAGAUUACAGCUCCGUCCUGCGCUUUUUUUUUAAACGCGAUUUAUUUAUUCAUGAAAGUGAGGCGGCAUCGGAGGAAACAUGCCAGAGCAAGGAAAGAGGCUGAUUCUAAUCGUGGUGGAUAUUCUUUGUGUCUUUGUUGCGGCUCUGCCCUCAGCCAUCCUGACGCUGAUGUUCAGCCCGUACCAGCGAGGAAUCUACUGUGAUGACAAGAGCAUCAGUUAUCCCUACAGGAGAGACACCAUCUCCCACGGAGCCAUGGCUGCCGUCACCAUCAUCUGCUCCAUAGUCAUUAUCACUACAGGAGAGGCCUACCUGGUGCACACCAAACGUCUGCACUCCAACUCCCAGUUCAACCAGUACCUGUCAGCUCUCUACAAGGUGGUGGGCACCUUCCUGUUUGGAGGAGCCGUCAGCCAGUCGCUGACCGACCUGGCCAAGUUCACCAUAGGUCGUCCCCGCCCAAACUUCUUAUCCGUGUGCGCUCCAGUCGUCUGUAACGGAUACAUGCUGCAGAUCAACUGUACAGGCAACAUGCGCAACGUGACUGAAUCCAGGUUGUCGUUCUACUCCGGCCACUCAUCCUUUGGGAUGUACUGCAUGCUUUUUCUGUCGCUGUAUGUCCAGGCCCGAAUGCAAGGGAAGUGGACGCGGCUGGUUCGACCCACCAUCCAGUUCUUCCUGGUGGCGUUUUCUCUGUACGUGGGAUACACACGCGUGUCUGACUACAAACACCACUGGAGCGAUGUGCUGGUGGGACUGCUGCAGGGAGCCCUCAUCGCUGUGCUCACUGUCAGAUACGUGUCAGACUUCUUCAAGCAGCGCCCUCCGCUCUGCACGCAACCGGACACAGCGGAGAGCGAACACCUUGAGCGCAAACCCAGCCCGCAGCCUCCGGACUCGCAGCACGGGAACCACUACAACUACUCUGGACCUGUAUGAGCACAUUACAGCACACAAUAUUCUCUAAACAACGGCUCUGUUACCAAAGGAUGUGUGACUUAUAAAGAAACAAAAAAAAACAAAAAAAACAACCCACAACGCAGUAACCACUACCAGGACACCAAGAUCCAGACUAGACCUGCUCCCCUCAGACUAUUUUACAGCUAUGAAAACUCCCCUUGGAACAGAAGCUCUGCGGUCUAUGUGGCUUUUUAGUUUGGGUGUGUGUAAAAUAUGCAAAACAUGUGUAGUGUGUUGGUAUGUCUGACAGUGUGCAAUGAAUUUUUUAUCUUUUUUUUUUUUUCUUGAUUCUCUGUUGUGUUUGAAUUCGUGCUGUGACUUAACCGAGGAGCGAGCAAAGACUGCUUAAGAGAUCUGAAAAUUCAAAAACCACCAACCAAAGAUUUCUUCUUUCUGUCCUUGAAUGACAAAACCUUGGAGGUUGAAUGUUUUGUUGCUCUUCGGAGUCCGAUAAAACUGUUGCUAUUAUUCCUACCUACACUGGAUCUACAUUAUAUCUGCCUGUCCUUUUUGACACUUUUAUCAUUUUUCUCUGCAGAUGUCUCCAUAUUUUACUGUUUUUAGAAAAUGUGCAUGUGUAGUGAUGGACUGCUCCAACUAUAUACAUUAUGUAUAGUGCUAACAUUUUUAUUGUGUAUUAUAACUACUGUAUCUAAUAAAUUGUGUAGCUUUUAAAUAAUGUAUUACCACUACUUUGCUGUGAUGUCACAGUGAAACUUUUUGAGUUGGCAACAUCGUUUCUGGACGUUUCCUUAUUAUUUUUUUUUUGUGUGUGUGUAUAUAUAUAUAUAUAUACACAGACAUUUUUUUGCAUUUCAAAUCCAAGAAAGGAUGAACAUGGAAAUGGAGAAGUUAACGACGCAUAUUCAUCAUCGUGAACACAUCAGUUUCCUUGUACCUAAAGUGCUGGUGGAACCACCAUUUCACUGUGUGGAUGGAUGAAGUCUGUCAAGAGCUUAAUACACCUUCAUGGACCUCUUCCUUCCCUCGUUAUAACAUGUGUAACCUAUUGUGAAACUGCAUAUAAUGUAAUCAUCCCUUUCCUUCAGUCUGUCUGUUGUUUUUUUUUGUGCAGUUUUCUCCAUAAAUAUUAGCCGGCCAGA